CUAGCUGCAUAUUAAAUAAACUUGAAAGUUUAGCCAAAAUAGUUAAACAAAUUAAAGAAAGGGCCACAAAAAACGAAAUUGCAAUCGAUAAUUUAGAACAAUAUGGGAGGAACUGUAUCUUACUGCAUGGCUGCAAACGAAUACCGAAAGCAGGUCAUUAUGGACAAUUUGAAACAUAUGUGGCUAAUACGCUAAACUCGGCCUUGAAAUUAGAAUGGCCUAUACAAUAUGGAGAUAUAGACGUUACACAUAUUCUCCCAGCUGAUGGCAAAGGAAACGUUCCUAUAAUAGUUAAAUUUGUACGUCGCAGCACCAAAAAUAUGAUUUACUCCAUGAAAAGAAGACUUAAAAAGACUGAACUAUCAAUUACCGAAUCGCUGACAAAACGUCGAGUCGAACUUCUCACCGAAGCAAGAAGAGUUCUCGGACUUAAGAAUGUUUGGACUAUGAAUGGAGACAUAUAUGGAUUUCAUAACGGUAAGAAAAUAAUUAUUAGAACCACAUCAGAUAUUAUAAUAUAAGUAAGAUAUCGUAAGACUACAGACUAUGAAUUAUUGAUAUGCUAGAACAGCCCAAAUUCUCAUUGUAAGCACUAAACACAAGAGCAACUUUUGUUUAUUUACUUUUGUUUAUCUUUUUUGCCCAUAUGAAUGUUAAUAAGAGAGAUUUACCAUGUCAUGGAUGCCAAAAAUCUGUAAACAAUAGGGAAAAGGGGAUCUACUGUGAUAAAUGUAAUCGUUGGAUUCAUCUAAAAUGUAGUGGUUUAAAUUUACAAGAGAUUCGUAAACUAUGUAAUGAACCAAAUGAUAUACCUUGGUACUGUAGACUUUGCCUACAAAAUAGCCUGCCAUUCAGCUCGUUAUCUAGUACAGAAGUAAAUGACCUAUGCCUGAAUAAUGACCCUUCCUCGACUCUGACCCCAGAAAUUCUUAACGAAUUUUUUACUGAGGCUUCGUUACUGAAUAUUGAUAAUGAUGAAAUAAGCGAUUCCACAAAAAUUUGUAUGUCUGAUUGUCAAUAUCUUUCUGCCGCUAAUUUAGAUAUCCUAUGCAGUGAUAACUUGAACCCACUUGUCACAAUGUGUAUUAAUAUGCGUUCCUUGGCCAACCCAGGAAACUUUUCAAAACUUGAAGCUCUUAUAGCCUCAAUGACAGUCUGCCCAGAUUUAAUAGCAGUCAAUGAAACAUGGCUAAAACAAAAUCAGAUAGGAUCCCACAUGAACCUGGGUGACUAUACUUUUUUAUCAAAUCCUCGAGUGACUUCGAAAGGUGGGUGUGUUGGCCUAUACAUCAAAAAAAAUAUUACUUUCAAGGCUAGACCUGACAUUUCAAUUAUGAAUGAGCGAAUUUUUGAAUCCACUUUCGUAGACAUUUAUUCGAAGGAUAGAAUUGUGACGUGUGGAACAAUUUACAGAUCUCCCUUAUCAGAUAGUCAAAGCAAUAAUCAAUUUAUUAGUAUUCUGGAAUCGACACUCCAAACCUUAUCGAAAAAUUGUAUUAUCAUGGAAGACCUCAAUUAUAAUCUUCUGGAAACAAACAAGACUGUAGAUGAAUUUUGUGAGCUGAUGAAUUCGGCUUCAUUUUACCCUGUGGUGUCAAAGCCAACUCGAAUCACUCAAAGCAGCUCUACAAUCAUUGACCAUAUUUGGACAAACAUCUUUGAUUGUAAACCCCGCAGUGCAAUAAUAGUGGAUCCUAUUUCAGACCACCUGCCAGUCCUGGUUUGCAUUCCAUUAAGAAAAAAACUUCGCAAGGCAGAAAACGAAUACUUUAGGCAAUAUAAUAUCUCAAAUUUAGAUAAUUUUAAACUCAUGUUAGAACAAAGUGACUUUUCUGCUGUGUUCAGCAAAACAGAUCCUGAUAUAUAUUUUUCUGAAUCUUCUAAAACUUGCUUUCCUCUGAAGAAAAGAAAUAUUAAAAAUAUUAAUAAAUGGUUUGACAAGGAACUCUUAAAAAUGCAGAAAAAAAGCAUAAACUAUACAAAAACUAUCUUACUGAAAAAUCAGAGCAGACCAAAUUUAAAUAUUCAGAAUGCAAGAAAAAAUAUGAGAAAUUGAUAACUGCUAAGAAACAAAAUUAUUACAAGUCAUUACUAGGUAGACAUCGUAAUGAUCUUAAGAAAACUUGGCGUACUAUGAACGAUCUGCUUGGGCGUUCUAAACCAAAUCUAACAAAAGUAUUUUCUAUUAACGGCCAGGAAACCUCGGAUUCUGUCGAAAUAGCAGAUCAUUUUAACUAGCACUUUUCUACAAUUGGAAAUAAAAUGGUCGAACGGUUUACUCAUACUAGAAGGGAUGACUUUAAGCAAUAUAUGGGGCAUCCCAGUAAAACCUCUAUGUUUCUUGCCCCGACAACAGCUUUCGAAGUCCAAAAUAUUCUGAAAUCUUUUCGACCCAAAACCAGUUGUGGAAUAGAUGGAAUUCCCUUUAAAGUUAUACGAAUGAUGCCCUGGAAUUGUAUUUGUGCUCUCGCACAUAUCUUUAACUGCUCAUUACAAUCUGGUAAAUACAUAGACCAGUUCUAAUUAUCCAAAGUUAUGCCAUUGUUCAAAAAAGGAAAUGCAAAAGAUGUAAAAAACUACCGACCGAUCAGCUUACUUCACGCAUUUUCAAAAAUUCUAGAAAAAAUUAUGUACAAACGACUCAACCAUUUCCUAGACCAAAAAAAUUUCUUUUAUUCACAACAAUUUGGCUUUCGUCAAAAUCAUUCAACAUCUCAUGCAACAUCCCUGCUUGUCAGUAAAAUUCUAGAAGGAUUUGAUAAGAAUGAGUAUACUCUCAGUAUGUUCUUGGACCUUUCCAAGGCAUUUGAUAGUAUUGACCAUGACAUAUUACUAGCCAAAUUGCACCAUAUUGGCGUUAGAGGUCAGAGUUAUAAUUGGUUUAAAAGCUACUUAUCAGGAAGGAAACAAGUAGUUAUAUACAAUGAUGUAACAUCUAGCACAUACUGUAAUUUGACUGUAGGUACUUUACAAGGUUCUAUUUUGGCUCCAUUAUGUUUUUCAAUCAUUAUUAACGACUUUCCGAAUUCUCUUCUUCACUCUGAUAUCAUACUUUUUGCUGAUGACUCAACGCCAUAUCUUCGAGGCAAAAACUUGCCUGAACUUUUGACCAAAGCAAAUACCGACUUAGAAAAUAGCAAGCUUGG